AUGUCUAAGGUGUCGCUGAAGAAACUCAUAGGCCCAGCAGACUCCGACAGUCGAGAUGAAAUCGCAGCGGCAUGGUGCGAAGGUCAGCUGAAAGAUGCGUACAACCGGAACGAGCCCCACACAAUCCUGUCCAAGAUUCCAGUGAUGAAGGCCUUGGGACACCAAGUUCGCACAAAGCUAAAGGGACCGUAG